AUAAUUCGCCGUUGUUCAACCGAAUGACGUGCACGUGACUCGGGUGUUAGCGCGAUUAACAUCAGCCCAUCUUCGGAAUCAACUUGGAACUGCUUGACCACAUCGAAACUUCCCAGCACCUCUAUACUUUCUCGAGAGCCUCGCUCCUUCGCCCGAACAGCUUCGCAAAAGUAAACUAGUCACAAUGGCCGUCCGACCCAUCACCGGUGUAUGUUUCCUUCGACUCAAUGGCUCGCUUUUGACACUCGACCGGGCCAGAGGAGCCUGAGCCUCCCGGUACCAGAGCUUUUCGUGGACUGACAAUUGUGCUAGAUGCUCCGACGAAACCUCGUCCUGGACCUCAGCAUCGCACUCGGCUCCGGCUUCGUCAUGGCCAACUUCUUCUGGUACGGCUUCCACAUGCCCCGAACCAACGCCCGCGACAACUACUACAUCAAGCUCGAAGAGGAGCGAGCUGCCCAGAAGAACGAGUAAAAGAAUCAACGAACCGAAACAGUACUUUGUCAUUCAAGCAAGGGCAACGAGAGAUGGGAGUGCACAUAGAUACGUUCAGGCGGCUUGCCGAGGUUUCGUUUGUCGUGUAGCUGGGUAGAGAAGAGAAUACCACCAACGCUUCAUUUGAAACGGUCUUCGUGCAUUCUAUAUUAAUGGACAAGGAUAACCGAGCUAGUGAAGUGCAAUUCGUGAGGCUGAGAGUAUAUCUGGGAUCGACAGUGCAAUCCUGUGUGGUCGAAUCAUAAUUAGAGGUUCAUUCAUCGACAGGAGCAAUUUUGUUUCAUAUCUCGGUCUGAAAUCUAGCAAAUAGUGACAGUUGGUACUAAUUCUGUCAACUAAUGGUUUGAUAACGAUAUUGUCUGCUGGUCACCUCGGCCCAUUCCGGCAAUGCCGUCAUCAACUUGUUGCAGCCCUGCAGGUGACUCAGCGCUCUGAUAUUCUACCUCACGUCGACUAUCGCAGAAUCGAGCAUUAUCUGAAGGCUGCUUCU